CGCGUUUAGUACAGCGCUCAGCAGGAGUGUCGGACGCUCGGCUUUACAGUCGACGACUUUAGUAUUCUUCGUUUAUUUUCUUUUCUAUUCGUUUAUUUGUCACUCGGACCUCACCGUGUCAUAAACAUGGGAUGUUUCGCUGUAAAUGAGUGAGUUACUGGUGUUACCGUGUUUACAAAAUUUUUAUUUUGACAGUGUCACGUUCACGUGCGGAAUCAAAUUAUUACCGGUUCCGGAGUUUUUAAGUGUUUAUUAUACGUACACGUCCUUCAUUUGCUGCAGGUAGAGCCGGCUGAUCGUCAAAUUGGUGCAACAGUGUCGGUUUCUGGUAAUACUAAUAGAUAUUUCUCGUGGGAAUAACUUUUUAAGUGCUCCGAUAGUGAUUGGUGUGUACGCGUUAUCGGAAAAAAGUUCGCACGGAUUUGUUCCAAUAAGAAUCUUCUGGGAAACUAGUGUGAAGUGCGUGUACCGGUGAAGUGAAGCCGACAGGAAGUGCUUACAACUUAAACAUAACCUUACCUAUUCGAAAGAGGCGCGUGUUGCACGGGCAUGCGCAGUCCGAGCCUUCGAAAUUAUUAAUAAGUUCUUCAUAAUUUUAUAAACAAACUGUAACAGUGCUGUAGUUUUGUCGUGGUGCGUCGCUUAACAGAAACGCACGAACAAGUGUAUACGGGGGCUCGCUGUCCAAAAGCCGGUUGACCGUUCCGAAUCUUAGUUCAAAAUUUAAAAUCAAGGAUAACGUUCACCUGUGGGAUUUCGGUGUUUUACCUGCGCGCGCACAGAACUUCUUUACAAAGGUUGGCGCAGCUAUGAUGUCCUGUCCUCUUCCACUGCCGCUCCUGCCGGCACUUCAUCCACAACCUGCAUUGGCAUCAGACUUCCCAAUCCACAUUGGAAUAAAGGACCCGCUAUUAUCGUGAAGUGCUGGAAGACAGUAGAAAGAAACUUUAAUAGAAUAGUGUAAAUAAAUAUAUAAGUGGUUAAAAUAUAAGUGCGUUGGGACGUGGCGUCUUCCUGCGCAGGCGACAGACGGUCGCAUUACGUGAAAUGGUCAAGAGAGGCUCAGACGAGCUUCUUUCGCAGAGUGGCGUCACCGUCAUGGCGCCCGCCGCUCCGCACCACGCCGACAAUAACAAUCAAGACUCAGCUGCGAAAAAGGUGAAACUUGAACAGAAUGUUGGCAAACCGUCGCGGGUCAUCCACAUACGGAACAUACCCAACGAGACGACAGAAGCCGAGAUCAUACAACUGGGCCUACCCUUCGGCAGGGUCACUAAUGUACUCGUGCUUAAAGGCAAAAACCAGGCAUUCCUCGAAAUGGCGGAGGAGAUAUCGGCAGUGGCGAUGGUGGCAUACUUCGGUGGCUGCGUGGCACAGCUUCGCGGCCGAGCCGUCUACGUGCAGUUCUCUAACCACAAGGAACUUAAGACCGACCAAACACACAGCAAUGCCGUAAUAUUUUUGCAGUCAGCAUCGGCGCAAGCGGCGUUACAAGCAGCUCAGGCCAUCUCCAACAGCGCCGGCGCAGCGCUCGUCGCCGGUGCGGGUGCAGCUCUACAGCCCGCGAAUGGAGGCACAGAAAUACAGGGUGGUCCCAACACAGUUCUGCGCGUGAUAAUAGAACACAUGCUAUACCCGAUCGUGCUCGACGUACUCUACUCCAUUUUCCAACGGUACGGCAAGGUGCUGAAGAUCGUCACAUUCACUAAAAAUAAUUCAUUCCAAGCCCUCAUUCAAUAUCCAGACACGGUAUCGGCGCAAACGGCAAAAACGGCUUUAGACGGGCAGAAUAUUUACAAUGGGUGCUGCACACUGCGCAUCGACUACUCGAAGAUGACGUGCCUGAACGUGAAGUAUAACAACGACAAGUCGCGGGACUACACGAACCCGACGCUGCCCUCCGGCGACGGCGACGCGCACCAGCUGUUGACCAGUGAGUUGAUGCCACUGCGGGCACGCCUCGCCCUGGCCCUCGCAUCCAGGAUGAGUGGUGGGGUGCUGGCGCCUCAGUUCCUGGGGCUGGGCUCCGGACUGGCGUCGCCGUACGGCGUGGGCGUGGGCGGCGUGGGGCUGCCUGCCUUCGGCGCGCUGACGCUGACGCCCGCGUCGCCGGCGCUGCGCGCGCUCGCCGCGCCGCCGCUGCCACUCGCCACCGUGCUGCUCGUCUCCAACCUCAACGAGGAGAUGGUCACGCCUGACGCUCUCUUUACCCUUUUCGGCGUGUACGGGGAUGUGCAACGGGUGAAGAUUCUCUACAACAAGAAAGAUUCAGCCCUCAUUCAGAUGGCCGAACCUCACCAGGCCCAUCUAGCGAUGACCCACAUGGACAAGCUUCGCGUAUUCGGCAAGGCGAUGCGCGUGAUGCUGAGCAAGCACCAGACUGUGCAGCUGCCCAAAGAAGGACAACCAGACGCUGGUCUCACCAGGGACUACUCCCAGAGCCCGCUGCAUAGAUUCAAGAAGCCUGGCAGCAAAAACUACCAGAACAUCUACCCACCAAGCGCGACUCUCCACCUGUCCAACAUUCCAGCUACGGUGUCUGAAGACGAUAUCAAGGAAGCCUUCACCAAGCGAGGAUUCACGAUUAAGGCGUUCAAGUUCUUCCCUAAGGACCGCAAAAUGGCGUUGGUUCAGCUGCCGUCGAUCGACGACGCGGUGGCGGCGCUGAUCAAGAUGCACAACUACCAGCUGUCGGAGUCCAACCACCUGCGGGUGUCGUUCUCCAAGUCCAGCAUCUAAGCCGCGGCGGAAUAUCACACAACGAGCCAGUCGCGGCCCGCGCCCAGUGUGCGCGCCCCAUGUAAGGCCGCGACACACUGCGCGCCGGCGCGAGCCUCCACGCGACUGACCCUUACAUCGUACCUCUCACACAAAUCGAGAAUUUCCCUCGACUGAAAUUAAAAUAUAUCUGUAUUACGCUUACACGGAUCACUAGAGAUUAAGUGCUAUUCUAUUUUCUUAAUAAAUACGUACGUUUACUGUUACUGUACAUCUAAUCUAAGAUACUAUCAUCACAGUCAAACGCUGCUUGUAUUUCCAUACGAUCCCCGACGGACCGUAUUACGUAGAGAGGAAUUAUAUUUUGUGUGAUAUUCAUUCCAUAUUUUAAAUAAGUAUAUCAAUAUUAUUUUAUUUUUGUAAUUCGUAAUGUUUCCCGGUGAUUACAAUAUAUUAUUUGGUUAUAAUACAUUAUCAGGACGGUAUGUGUUGCAAUUAGAUUGCGCUAGGUUUGAGUCCCGGGCCGCGCAGUGUGAGACACUGCCUGCCGCCAGCUCGCGGAGCUCGCGGGUUCGGUGCCCGGUUGUGUACCACCUUACAAUUUUGUUCAUCACAUUAUUAUAGCACAUUGUUAAAGUAUCUGUCGGUCACAUCAUUUGCAGUUAUUAUUCUUAAAUUGUAUUUUAUACAUAAUAUAUUUUAUUGUCUAUUUUAAUAUGCACAAUUUACUAUUAUUGCAUUUCUUUGUAAGUUAAUAUAGUUUUGUACGCAUACACAUUUUUCUUAUUUGAUUAAUGGAAUGUUAUGUUUAGAAAUGUGUAUGUGUGUGCAAUAUUAGUUGUAGAGAUAACUUUAAUAAUAUAUUUUAGAUGUAACCGUACCCUUGCUUCCAUUCUUGUUUCGUUAGGAGGAUAUUGUCUGUUCUACACUUGAUUCAUAGUUAUUGACGAUUAGUUAGUGUAAUCACAACUCUUAUCGCUAAGCAUCUAGUUGUAUAUCACUAUUUAAACGUUAUGUUCAGUGACAUAAUAGUGACAUGAUGCAUUUAUUUCGAUGUUAAUUUAUAUUAAUGGUAGCUACAACAUAUAUAAAUGCUCGUGCAUACGUUUCACUAAGUGGUUAAUUUUAGAUAAUUAUUUAUUGUGAGCGGUAGGGGGCGCUGGGCGCUGGGCGGUGUGGCCAGUGUCGCGAACAUAUAUUUAGAAUAAUUUCCAGUACUGCUACGAUAUUGCCACACUGCAGCGGAGUUGCGGCGACGGCGACGGUCUAUAAAGUAUUAGCCAGAUCUGAUUUUGCUCUACGACAUAUUUAAUCAACAGUAUUUACACUAGGUCACAAUAACUUGAUGAAACAGUAUUUUAGUUAAUGAGCUGUCCUUCUCGAUACUUCGUUUUGUAUAUAGACACACUCCGACUUCGAUGUGUUCGCUUCUCACACUUCGGACUUCGCUAAACUCUCGAUUGGAUUUCACACAUCUUUGCCUUCUUAAAUUAAUUAAAAAAAUAUGUCUAGUCCAAUGCAAAAGAGAUUAAGUUUGUGAAUUAAGUGAUUACGUUAUCAAAAUCUUAUGAAUUCGUCUCAAAUAUUUAAAGUCUGGUAGGGAAGCUUUUGUAAAAAGAUUGUAUAUGGUUACGAAUUUGUUGGUAGAGGGAUGCCCGCGGCCCGCGAGAGCCAUGCUACCGUUAGGACCAGUUUAAGUGUUCAGUUACACGUCCAGAUUAUGUGAUUAGGCAAAGCAUGCGUGAACCAGAUACCUGAAUAUGACGAGUAGGAGAAUACUGAUGCCAUCCGCGGAGCCGGCUGGCAUGUUAAUUAAUAUUGUAAGUGUCAGUAUAUCGUACCAACCAACGCAUUACAUAUCUCGACGAUGCCACGGUCGGUAUUCAAUUAGGAUAGCAAAGGGAAUGUAUAUUGUAGGGUUAUAAGAGGUAACGGUUCGUGCACACGUACAGUGUACAGGCAGACGGACACAGAGCGGCGCAGGCGCAGGCUGCGCACGUACCACGAUCCACAUCAGGCAGGCGUCACUAUUGCAUUACUUUCAACAUAUCCCAGUGUCGGCAGACACGCGGCAAAUUAAUGAAAACAAACUUUUAUUUUAGAAAACAUUUGUGAAAUUAUAAAAGUCACACAUAUUUACACUAUUAUGAAAUGUAUAAUAAUUAUAUCACGUAACAUACAUAAGAUAUAGAGCUUAGUAAGAUGAUUAAACUGAAAAAAAAAUAUUAGAAUGUCAUUACGAUGUAAGAUUUAAUAGAAAAAUUUAAUCAUACAAUUGUAUUAAUCAGUACCUACCUAUAAUAAGAACGUAAAAGUAGUUAUUUGGUUUAGAUAAUGUUAGGUGACCAGGGUGUGGUGAUAUUUUGCACGUUUUUGAAAAUGUUUUUCUAUACGGCGCAGGAUUCUGUGCCUGUGUUUUGAAAUGGUGAGGAGUGGUGGUCGAGUGACGUGAGAGCGGCGGUAAUCGCAUUUGUAAUUUUAAUAAUAAUUGUAUUAUUAUUACUAUGUAUUUAAAUUAAUGAAUCACAAAGAGGAGAUUACAUAUCCAGUGUACUCAGCGUAGAACGCUACACACAUGCCGCGUUUGGUUGGCGUUCAAUGGUUUGCUCGUACAGUCGCGUAUACUCAGUCGCUUGUGCUCAAUACAUUCGUAGACUCGCUCCGUUACUACAUGUAUGUACUACUGUGUGUGUAGCGUUUUCAGGCCUAAACUUUUCUCAAUAACAUUGGUAUUGACUAAUAGAUAAUUAUAGGAAUUUAUGUGUUUAGAGAAGUAUUUUAAAUAUCUAGAUUUUAAUGGUAAUAUUAUUAAAAAUAAAUAGAUCAGUGUUUAGGAUGAGAUGCCAAAUUUAAAGUCAAUACAGAUUAUUUUAGGUAAAAGGUAAUUGAAGUAAUCUUAACAUUUAUUGAAAAGUUGAUGAAAAUGUUACAGUUAAAUUAUAUUUGAGAGUUUUAUUAAGCGCAAUAUAUGCAAUUUUAUUCAUUGUAAGUGAACAUUGUUUCAAUUUGUUAGUUAAAGUUAUGCGUUGAAAAAUGAUGUGAAAGUUGUUUUCGGAUGUGUUGAUGGUGUCCCGCGCACGGCGGACUGUCACAUGCUUGUUCUAUGCGUUAGCGCACCUUCCUAUG